ACCACUGUCGCUGCAACACGUAGCGCGCUGUUUUCUUGUGUGUUUGUGUAUAUUAGUGAACUGUGUACUGUGUGUGUGUGUAUGUUUGAUUGAAUGCAAUUUGCAGUAUAUAUUUCGGAUUAAAGGUUUUAUCGCAUUUAUUUCUGAACCAUAAGAAAACUGCAUUGAUUUCUAAUAUACAUAUAUAUAUAUAAAUAAAUCAGUGUUAAUCACUUGAUUAGGUAUGGCUGAAGCUCAUUCUGCCGUUGCCUUUUCGUUUGCCAUCACACACGAUGGCUUCGAUAUCAACUAUGAUCAUGAGGUGCUCAAUUUGGUAUGGAAUUCCGGUGUGAGAUCUUGGAAGAAACGUGUUGCACGUGCCAGGAAUGGCGUACGCAAUGGCGUGUAUCCGGCCCAUAUACAAAGUCUUUGGCUAAUAUCAGCCAUAGCCUUGGGUCUACAUUUUGCCGGCUAUCAGGCACCAUUUAAUUUAACUAAUCGGGUACUAGUUCAUCUGCCCUCUAAUACUAUAAAUUGGCAAGUUACUGCCUGUUUUGUGGCAGCCUUGAUUGUUUGGCUUUCAAUAUGCUUCACAAUGAGAUAUACGUUAAAACUUUUACUCAUGUACAAGGGCUGGAUGUAUGAGUCUAGAGCACCAGGAAGUCGUGUCUCAGUUCCAACCAUGUUAUGGGUGGCUGUUGUACGUGUUCUAUCCAGUUGGAAUAAGCCGGGAUUGUAUAGUUUUCAAGGCUCGCUUCCCCGCUUACCAUUGCCUUCGGUUGAGGAUACCAUGCGUAGAUAUUUAAGAAGUGUACGACCACUUUUGGACGAUGCCAACUACACCCGCAUGGAGGGACUGGCCAAGGAGUUUCAACAGACAAUUGGCAAAAAACUUCAAUGGUAUUUAAGACUUAAGAGUUGGUGGUCAACCAAUUAUGUAUCCGAUUGGUGGGAGGAAUAUGUUUAUCUGCGAGGACGUGGUCCACUCUGUGUGAAUAGCAAUUUCUAUGGCACUGAUGCCAUCUUUAUGAAUCUCACAAAUAAGCAGGCAGCCAGGGCAGCUAAUGUAAUAUCGUUGUUGCUUAAUUUCCGACGCCUUAUUGAGCAUCAAGAACUGCAACCGAUCAUGGUCCAGGGCAUGAUUCCUUUGUGCUCUUGGCAAUAUGAGCGUACAUUUAAUACGGCACGUGUGCCCGGCUUGGAGACAGAUCGCAUCAUUCAUUAUCGUGACUCCAAUCAUAUUGUUGUACUGCACAAGGGUUGCUACUACAAAAUGCUCAUCUAUUACAAGGGACGCAUCCUUAGACCCUGCGAAUUGCAAGUUCAAAUUGAGGAUAUCCUAAAGGCCAAAGCCACGCCGCUUGAGGGUGAAGAGCAUUUGGCUGCUCUAACUGCCUGGAAUCGUACUAAAUGGGCUGAUGCCAGAAAUACAUAUUUCUCGCGUGGUGUUAAUCACGUCUCACUGCGCACCAUUGAAUCGGCUGCCUUUGUUCUCUCUCUCGACGAUGAGCCCUUUGAAUUUGACUUGGCUCGACCAGAGCUUCUAGAUAAUUUCGGAAAGAAAUUGCUUCAUGGCAAUGGCUACAAUCGUUGGUUCGACAAAUGUUUCACUGUCUGUGUGGCUAACAAUGGCCGUGUUGGUUUCAAUGCUGAGCAUACUUGGUCUGAUGCAGCCAUUGCCUCUCAUAUGUGGGAGAAUCUAAUAGUCGAUGAUCUAGCGACUGAUGGAUACGAUGAAUCGGGUAAUACUAAGGGUACACCAGAAUUCCAACCACCGCUGCCCACACGCCUCAGUUGGGAUCUUAAGCCGUGUCUGACACAAAUUGAGGAGGCCACCAUUGAUGUGACCAAACUAAUUAACGAGGUCGACUUGCGUAUUCUGGUACACCAAGAGUAUGGCAAAGGUUUUAUGAAGAAAUGCCGCCUAUCGCCCGAUGCUUAUAUACAGAUGGCUCUGCAGUUGGCCUACUAUCGGGAUGCUGGACGCUUCUCUCUGACCUAUGAGGCAUCGAUGACGCGUCUCUUCCGUGAAGGCCGCACAGAAACAGUGCGUCCUUGUACCAUUGAAUCUGCUGCGUGGGUUAAGGCCAUGCAGAAUUCAAAUACCACAAAUGAUGAGCGUGUUAAAUUGUUGCAAGAUGCCUGUGAUCGUCAUCAGUUGGGCUAUCAGGAUGCCAUGUGCGGCAAUGGAAUUGAUAGGCAUCUAUUUUGCCUGUAUGUAGUAUCUAAAUAUCUAGAGGUUGAUUCGCCUUUCCUCAACGAGGUUUUAAGUGAACCUUGGCGCCUGUCUACCAGUCAAACGCCUCACGGUCAGACACCCAAAAUGGAUCUAAAGAAGCAUCCAAAUUGCAUAAGUGCUGGCGGUGGCUUUGGACCCGUCGCCGAUGAUGGUUAUGGUGUAUCUUACAUUAUAGCAGGUGAAAAUUUGAUAUUCUUCCAUAUCUCAGCAAAGACAACGUGCCAACAAACGAAUGUCCAUCGUUUUUCGGAGAAUAUAGUACAGGCUUUGGCCGAUAUACGUAGCAUGUUUGAGCAGCAUAUGAAGGAUCAUCCACCAAAGCCGAAGGCAACAUCCACCAAACCACUCACAAAUGGUUCAUCUACAUAAUGAAGCGACCUUCACUGUACUCACACACACACAUACAACCACACCCACAGUUAGUCCUAUUCAUGUAUAGAUAUACUUAUAUGUAUAUGUCUAUAUAUAGAUUAUUAGUACGAGAUUCUUGUUAGCAUUUGUUUUUCCUUCUCUACUACAAUCAUCAUCAACAUUUUUGUCUAUUCUAACGUUUGUAAUUUGUAAGUGCAAAAGUCCAGAAGAAAAAAACAAUGCAAUUUUUUUUUAAAAUAUUGAACCAAUUGUGACUUGUAUGUUAGGUUUUUAGUCAACUUUUGCACAAUGAAUUACUACUGCUUCUCAAUUAAUUAGUUUGUAAGUUUUAGAAAUAUAUAAACAUAUCUCUUAAAUUUUAAAUUUGUACAAAGGAA